AUGAAUCGUCGCGCGGUUGGCGCAGUGAGACGAACGAGACGAUGGACGAGGACGGACGCCGUGGUCGAGGAUGGUGGCGGCGAGGACGAGCGCGAGACCGUCGCGCGCGGUGUUCAAGUGAGCGUUGACGCGGGCGUGGACGAGCAGGAGGUCGGAUGGGACGACUGCGGAGGAGACGCGAAGACGGGCGAGGGGCGCGUCGUCGCCUCGACGGCGGUGAAGGACGUCCCGGCGCUGACGGUUACGUUGGAUUUCGGAAAGCUCGCGAGCGUGUGCUGCGGGAGCGAGGUGAACAUCGAGAUCGCCGAUAAUGAUCUGUACGUGGCGAAGAUUGGCGAUGAGGUGAUCGUUAAACUCGGAUCGCGGUACGAAGUUCCCGAUGACCUUUUACGGGAGCUCGAUGAUUUCCAACUCGCGACGUGCGGCGACGAUUACGCCGUUUGGGUGCGGAAAAAUCUCUUAGAUGAUAUCGCAUCGUCAAGAUCGCUCGACGUGCGAGACGCGUGA